AUGCCCAAUGGUAACUUAGAGACACUGCUUCUCUUCCUGCUAGGCGGCGAGAGGCAAUUCGGGUUGCGUGAGAGCCUAGGCGUUAUGCUCAAGGUAUCGAUAGCAAUGGAGUAUCUACACAAUGAUUACCAUGAAACCGUUAUGCAUUGCGACUUAAAGCCAAGCAAUGUGCUCUUUGACGAGGACAUGAUUGCACAUGUCGCAAAUUUUGGCACUGCAAGGCUACUAGAAGUUGAUGAUGGAUUUGCGUUCGCCAUGAGCAUGUGUGGCACAACUGGGUACAUGUCACCAGAGUAUGGGUUGUAUGGGAAAGUGUCACUAAACAACAAUGUGUUUACUUAUGAGAUCAUGCUCCUUGAAGUCUUUAGUGGAAAGAGGUCGGCAUAUGCUAUGUUUGUUGGAGAAUUGAGCCUAGAUGGUGGGUUCACUAGUUGUUUCAGGCAGAUCAGCUUGCUCAUGCUGUGGAUAGACGACUACUCCAAUGCUCCGACAUGGGCAUUGACUUUCUUGGGCCAACACUCGUAUCAAGUGCACCGGAUGCCAUAUAACAUUUUAAAAAUCUGA